AUGAAUCACCCGUUUGAAAAGCGCGAACAAAAUUUUGCACAUUACGCUCCAUACACAGCGGCAGUGGAAAAAGAGUUUUUUGAAACUGUCCGCAGAGAAGUUGACAAGGCCGAGAAAUUUUACGUGGAUAUAUUGGACAUUUUAAAGACUGACUUUCAGGAUUUGGUCUUGCAGAGCUAUAGAUUGCUAGCAAUUAAAAAGAUUUUCAAGAAACAUGACAAGAUUGUCGGAGCCGUUGCAGUGAACCAAGAGAUGGAAGCGUUAAAGUACGACGUUAUAGACACGAUCACAAACAAAAAGGCAUUUUGGGUUAAAGGGGAGAAGAACGUUGGAGAAUUAUUGAAUGAGGCUGAGGGGGACAAGGAUCGUAGAGAAGAUUUGGAGCAUCUGCAGUACAUAUCGUGUCAGAGAGGCUUCAUUAAGAGUGAUUAUCUGAUAGUGUUACCAUCAUACGCUGUGGACAUUUGCUGA